AUGUCAGCCUCCGAGUCACAACACAGUCUACCCAAGAAUCUAUUCCCCCACCACACUCCCGCAGCCGCCAGCUCAUCCACCGAGGAAAGCAAAGAUGCCAAUGGAAUGACGAAACUGCCCAACGGGGUCAUCCUCGACAAAGAUGGGAAACCCUGCCGCCUCUGUACCUCCGCCGCAUCCUGGCGCAACCUAACCAAACAAGCCAAAACCCAAACCGCAGCUUCAACAGCAACAGCAACAGCAGCAGCAACAACGACGACGGCCCCGAAACCAACUCCCGACUCCACACCUCUCCCCCAAUCGCGAGACGACUGUCCCCCGGACGUCGAGGCCCUGGGCCGUUCAACAUGGACCUUCCUCCAUUCCCUGACGGCGUCGUACCCCGUGAAGGCGACGCAGGAACAACAGGGCGAGAUGCGCACGUUCCUGAAGAUCUUCUCGCGCUUGUAUCCGUGCUGGGUGUGUGCGGAUGAUUUCCGGACCUGGAUGGCGGAGCCGAAUGGGCGUAAUGAGCCGCGCUUAGCUGGGAGGGCGGAUUUCGGGACGUGGAUGUGCGAGGCGCAUAAUGAAGUGAAUCGGAAAUUAGGCAAGAAGGAGUUUGAUUGUCGCUUGUGGGAGGAGAGGUGGAGGACUGGGUGGAAGGACGGAAGGUGUGAUUGA